GGCACUCUUUCCGGACCAUUGGCGGUGGCAGUAGCAUUUCGUCGGCUACGCGUUCAACACACCAACCCGGAUCGGGGCGACUUGAAAUACAUUGAAUCGCCAACAAAAUCGGGAUCGUAUCGGGAUCGGAAUCGGAAUAGGAAUCCGAAGCGAGUCGAGCUGAGUGCUGACCAAGCAAUAUAAUUGCAGCAAUUUGUUGACGCUGUACAUACCAUACUUUUCUGUUUGCAAUUCGAGACUUUAACCGGCGUUCGGUGCUGGCAAACAAAAGAACGUUUAAAAAAUUCGCCGAGUUCCGAAAAUAAUCGAAACAAAAAAAAACAUAUAAUCACCGACGAUAUUAAGUUACGCAAAAAAAUGGUUUCCUAGUAGAGUGAGUGACAGGUCUGCCCGCUUGGGAUCCCCAUUAAUUUGAACUGAUCUGAUCAACUUUGAUCUAAUCCGAAGGCAAGGUCGUUUGCAGUUCAUUCAAGCGAAACUCCAAAUUGGUUAUCUGAGACCAGCUUAAAAGAAACACGGAUCAUUGGUGGCCUGUCUUCCCAAAACAAAAUUUAUUGGAAACGUGCUGGAUGCGGAAGGAUCGCUACCAAAAAAAAAAAAACAAAAAAAGCCAAUAAAACCUUAAAAAAUGUGCUCCUAAAUGGAAGCCAAUAGCGGGACAGCGGUGAUUUCGGCAAUUAAUAUUCAGUGCGGGUCCGAAAAUGUCAAUCACUUGAUUACAAACGAGAAACAACAUCAGUGGAGUGCAUAAAAAAAACAAAAAAAAAGCGACCACAUGGAAAGUUAAAAAUUAAAAGUCAGCCUGUGAAGAUACGACGAUUUUUCUCCACAGUUUACUUCCCAGCAGCAUUUUAAGCAUUCAAAAGGUAUAAUUGAACUAGUUGAAAUGGCUUCCAAUAGCAGCAGUCAGCCGGAGAAGAACCGAUCACAUGUCCCGCCUAGCCGCCUGGGAACGGAUCCGAUCGCCGCUGAUCGGAUGUCGGAGGCCCAGGAGGAGCCCAGUGGGCAGAGGGAGUGCUACUACUAUGCCCCGGCCAACUCCCCACACCACCGCCUACAGAACCACCAGCACCAGCACCACCACCAUCACCAUAGCCAUAGCCAUCAGCAGCAUCAGAACCAGCUUGGAUGGCCAUCGCGGAUGGGUCCGAUCGGACCAUGGUUGGGCGCAAUGACCGCCUAUCGGCUGCUGACAAUCAGCCUCCUAAUUGGCAUUCUGUGUCCACAUCACGUCCACGGAGUGGACCCCAAGUUCGAUCCCACCACGCGAAUGCGACUGGUCUUGGUGCCGGCGGACGCACAGGUCAAUUCGGUAAUCUACAGGUUGCGUGCCACCGACGAGGAGUUCGACUAUCCGCUGACCUUCGAGUUCGUGGGCGAUGCCAGUGCCUCCACCAACGUGGUCAAGGUGGAGUCCCUGCCAUGCACCAAGUACAAUUCGGUCUGUCAGGCGAACAUCGUGCUGCAGCGGCGAUUGGAGCCGGGCAGGUACUAUGACUUCACCGUUUCUGUGAAGGACACCAAGGGCGGAAUGGCCACGCAGCUCUGCUCAAUUACUGCCACCAAUUUCACUACGCCGCACGACCUCAUCUUCCCCCACAAGCCCGGAAUCAUAAUGAUACCCGAGGAUGCUAAACGCGGCACGGAAUUGGAUUAUGUAAUUGCCCGCAAGAAUCCGCUGUUCCAGAAACCAGUCUACCUCGAGUUAUGGGGUUCUCCGCUGUUUGCCAUAAGACAGAAAAUCGUAUCUUCCGAGGCCACAGAAGGCACCGUUUUCCUCCUGGGGCCAUUAGACUUUGAGAAGCAAGCCAUGUACCAUCUAACGAUACUAGCCAAUGAUGCCUACGCCGAGCCUGGGCAGGACAGUCGCAAUAUAGCAGGCAUGGAGAUCGUUGUGAUUGUCCAGGAUGUUCAGGAUCAGCCGCCGGUUUUCACUUCUGCCCCACCAGUAACCAAACUGCCACCAGGCAUACUACCAGGAGAUAAGAUAUUGCAAGUUCAUGCCGAGGAUGGUGACAAGGGAAAUCCCCGAGAAGUUCGCUAUGGUCUGGUUUCGGAAAACAAUCCAUUUACUUCGUUUUUUGAUAUUAACGAGACUAGUGGUGAGAUAUUCCUCAUGCGACCCCUCGAGGACAUUGCCUUCAUCACGCAUGUGGGGGAUCCGGUGCUCCUCACCGUAAUUGCGGAAGAGGUUAAGGUGGGUCGUGACGAACCGCCCGCACUGGCCUCCACGGUCCAAUUGGCGUUCUUCCUGCCCGAUCGCACCAAUUCGCCGCCGUACUUCGAGAACGAUCACUAUGUCUCGAGGGUGGACGAGAACGCCCCACAAGGCACCGCUCUGACGUUCGUUGAUCCCUACGUGCCGCGGGUCUACGACGACGAUACGGGCAAAAACGGCGUCUUCUCACUGACCCUGCUCAACAACAACGGCACCUUCGAGAUCACACCGAAUGUGGCCGAACGGAGUGCCGGAUUCCUUAUUCGGGUGCGAGACAACUCCCUCUUGGACUACGAGCAGCGGCAGUCGGUGCAGUUCCAGGUGCUGGCCCAGGAACUUGGUCCGGCCACCAAUCUCUCGGCGGUGGUUAAUGUCACGGUCUACAUCAACGAUGUCAACGAUAAUGCUCCGGUUUUCGAACAGCCUGCCUACUCCGUGGAGCUGCCGGAGAACAUGACAGUGGGCACCAAGGUGGUACAGGUGUUGGCCACCGAUCCAGACUCAGGCUUGGGCGGCAAAGUGCGCUACACUGGCAUCCUUGGGUACCUCAACACCUCCCUCAAUCUGGACGCGGAAACCGGCCUUAUCACAGUGUCCACCAACAAGCACGGCUUCGACAGGGAAGUCAUGCCCGAGUACCACCUGUACGUGGAGGCCCGGGACAUGGAUGGCGAGGGAAAUCGCGCCCAGGUUCCCCUGAUCAUCAAGCUAAUCGAUGUCAACGACGAGACUCCCAUUUUCGACAAGGACCUGUACGAGUUCAUCCUGGCCCCGGACCUGUUGGGCUUCACCACUACGGCUGUGAUUCAUGCCGAGGACAAGGACGCCACUGCGCCCAACAACGAGGUCCGCUACGAGAUCAUCAACGGAAACUACGACAAUCAAUUUUCCCUUGACAAAGUCACUGGAGAGCUGACGGUGCGCGAGAAGAUCCAUCUGCGCUCCAAGAAGAAUGCCAAGGCCAGAAGAAGACGCCGUCAAACCGGGGAGGAGGACACGGACAUCUUCAUUCUCACGGCCAGAGCCUAUGAUUUAGGUGUGCCAGUCCGCUUCUCCACCACCACGAUCCGCAUUUAUCCCCCGGAGAGCCGGAAGCGCACAGUGACCUUUGUGGUUCCAGGCCACAAUCCGGACAAGGCCAAGACGGAGGAGACCCUGUCGGCCAUCACAGGCGGCAAGGUCUACAUCCACAACAUGCGACCCCUGCGGCCGGACGAACCAGGUGCCAAGGACAUCCCGGCAGGGAAUUCUGGCAUCAAGGAGCGCAGUGUAGUCACCGCCACGGUGAUCUAUGAUAGCUCCUCGGUGGUAGAUAUAUCGGAGAUCCAGCAGCGUCUCUCGCAUCACAACAAUUCCUAUGCCAUCAUGCCGCAGGACUCGUCCGGAGCGGAUACUCUCACUCCGUUGCAGACCCAGUACAAGGCGGAGAACAAGGUGCUCUUCUGGCUGCUCAUCCUCCUGGCCACACUGGUGGCCCUCACCAUCCUCAUCCUGCUGCUCUGCUGCAUUUGCUCCUGGUGUCCUUUAUACGGAGCGGCAACCAAAAGAAUAGUUAAUAUCAGUAGAACUGAAGACGAUGUGCAUCUAGUGCAUAGGGAAAUGGCAAAUGGAAAACAUACAAAAUCUGUUCAGGUCGCCGAGUGGAUGGGAAGACGCGAUGCCUGGUCAGCGGAGAAACCUCCCGAUACCAGAACGAAGCCCACCCGCUGGGAGUUCCACGAUGGACGUGAACAGCUUGACGAAAACCUAGGCAGGAGCCAGGACAUAGUCGAGGGGCGACACAUCCAAUCCGCCGAGGAGCAGCAUCGUAGAGUUCGCAUCAAGAAUAACCACACAGCCAAAGACGAUCUUCAUCUUAGUUUCCAUAACUCUAGGACCAAUCUGAUUAACGACCGCGACAUUUAUAUGGAGGAUGUGAUUGAGAACCGUGAUCUGGGGGAGCACGAGAGGGAGCACAUUUCCCGGACCCGAGUGAAUCGCCGUAAGCACUACGAUUCCACGGAAGUCCGACACAUUGACGAUGAUUCCAUGCGAAGACACGAGAUUGAUCGAGGCAGUGACAUCGACUUUAACACCGCUCGAAACAACAGCCUGAAGAGCAAACGGGAGCUCUUUAUCAAGGACGGCAAUGUGGAGAUCCUGCAGCUGAUGACCAGGGAUAAAACACGGGACGGUGGCAAUCUGGACGACGACAACAUCUAUGUGAACGUCCCCUUGAAGCCGGCAGGUAAUCUUUCCCAUCCCCAGCUACUGAUGGUGGAUAACACGGGGAAGGAGAUCCUGAUGCGGAGGUUCAUUGAGGAGCAACCGGAUGGCAAGCAGAUCAUACGGGAGCAUUACCAAAUAGUACCAGGAGCCACCUACAUUCAGUCGAUGCCGAAUGAAGUGCAACAGGGAUCUACCCUGAAGGGAGACACAUUCCCGUUGGGCAAGUCCGGACCAAACAGCAUAGUCUACUCCCAGUUGGAGCCCGAGGUGAAGGUUAUACACACGCAACCAGUUCAGGCCGGCCCGGAUGGCAUGCCUCUGGAGCAACAGCUUCCCCUUCAGCCCGCACUUUCCAAUCAGUCACUGACCCACGAGCUGGAGCACUCCCUGAAGCAGCAGAACGCCCUACUCCGCCAGAUUCUGCUCGAGAAGGAGAAGCUGGAGAAUGCGUACACGCAGCAUGAGGUGGCUCUCGAAACCCAAUCCCUGCCUGGUCAGUCGAUGGCCAUUGGAACGCAAACGGAUUGCGAUGCUGGAACACAAACCGAGGGCUUCGACAAUGCCCUGGAUCCCGAAAUAUCCCUGGCGAAGCCUACCCGCCGGAGGGCACGCAGCGAGAACGACGAGUCCAUGUCCGAAGACGGCUACGAAUACGUUCGGUUCAAUCCGCCAAAUAGUCCGGAAGGGGUUUACUGGAUAAAGAGACGCCGGACAAAAAAGCGCACCCGCCAGCCCCGAAAACGUAUUGUGAUGGUCGAGGAAGUGAAGAGGAAAAUCCGUACGCCCAUCAAGGAGGAGGAGGAACUGCAGGACAAAAAGAAGAAGAGGGUGCCUCCAAAGAAACCCCUGAGGGAAACCAAAACCAGUAUCCUGCGAAAGCAGCUGAGUGACGAAAGUCGAAAGGAUAAUUCCCGGAAUGGGGAAACCCAAACAGCAAAUCACUCACAAAAGGACAAAGAGCUCUUCAUGGAAGUUACUGAUUCUAUGGACGAACUGGCCAGUCCCGGAUCCCACAGCAUACGAAAGAUUCAAGUGGAGAAGUACUACAAGCACUCGGAUGGGGACUUCGAUGAGGACGAUACAGAGUACUCCAUCGAUUCGGACGGGGAUGAGAUAGUUAUCAGGACAAACUAUCCCAGCAGAGGGCAGGAGCACGAAAGGUAUGUCAGGAGAGAAGAGAGGGAGGAAAGCCGGAGUCGACAGAGUCACCAGAGGAAGCCGCCAUCCCCAGAAGACGAGCAUCCAGAGGCGAGGCCUCGUUUGUCACGAAGGGACAGCUCCAAACGAAGCUCCAGAAAGCAGACCUCCUCGGAGCCACCACACAAUCGGGUGUCCAUUUCCAAAUACGAGUCCACCGUAAGUGAAAAUGGCAGGAAACUCACAGCCACUUCCACGGAAAUAGUAGGCUCCAAGCGUUCCCUGACCGACCGAAGCUAUCAGAGUGAAACGGAGCUGGCGGAUCCCGACCAGGGGGAACGGAAUGUUCCCAAGUAUAUGGAAUGGUACUACAACAAGAAGAAGUCCUCGGUAAGUGGGCGCACUUCCACAGAAUCCUCAAAGUCCCAGCCCUCCAGCAAAAAGAAAAUGGGUGCCGCGGAGAAGAAGGUUUCCAAGACUAGGAUAACAGUGCAUCCCAAGGACUUUGAGGAUGAUGAGGAAGGCAAUGGAGGGCGUUACAAGCCGGAACCUGCUCCCCGGAGAUCGCCACCAAAGGGCAGUCGCAUGCUGAAGGAGGAUCGGGCACUGAACAAACAGCACAAACCAAAAAUCGAGACUGACACGAAUCACCCACUGCUCCAGCACUCGGAGCACCGUUUCGAAAGGGAAAAGACCAUGGAGGUGCCGGCGGCACCCACCAAACUGCCCCACUACAUGUAUCCAGAGACGCCACCCCAUGCUGCUGCUCCUGCCCCCGGCAAGGAUGCCAAAUCCAAGCAGGAAUUGAAACCGAAGCCCUCGCCUAUCAGGGAAAACGAGGUGAAGGUCUCAAAUUCGAAGAUCUAUGUGGAGAAUCGUGCCUCGGGGAAUCCCACGCAGAAACAGCUUAACGCCUCCACUUUGGAGGACGACCACGAUUCCGGAAUAGCCAUGAACUCGCUGCUCAAUAGCCUGGGACGCAGGAAUCCCAUUGCCGAGAAGAAGAGCGUCUUCUCCAUUGCCUACGACGACGUCAGCCGGGUAAAGAAGAUCAACUCGGGCGGGGAGUCGCCCCAGUACUCGUAGGGCCAUCUCCACUCCAACUCUGCAACUGCAACUCCAAACCCUGUAAAGGAACAAUCAUAUGUGAUAGCCUCAAAGGCUCCCUACCUGCGAAUCAUCGAACCAAUACAAUAUCUGCAAUACUGUAUAAAAUAUACACCAAAUGCCAGCAUGCAUGUUACCCCCUUCGUAGUCUACGGGAUGUUGAGAUAAAUUGUUCAACUCGUUCAGCCGUGCACCGAAAUUAAGUUACGUUUCCGGAUCUGGUUAGCCGCUUAGUUAUUCGUAAUCCGACGAUAGGUAGUUACAUUUUUUAUAUAUUUAACGUUAUAUUUAGACAACAAAGUGAGUAAUCUCGCCGACACUUGUAUUGAAAGCUAUCCUAUUAAAUACAUAAUUAACUGGACUAUGUACGACCAAAAUUGUUAAGAAUAUUUAUAUAUGGAUUUAUAAUUAAUGUUUAAUGUGUACAUACGAACAUUUGUAGUUUAGUUAAAGCGGACAAGUCAUUACCAAGUGCUUUCCUACCACAAAACUCGUGCAAAUGUGUAUGUUCGUAAGUUAGUGUACAUUCUGCAGUCGAAUAAAGUAAUGCCUGCCAUAUUGAAAUCACUUGCAAAUAUAAUCUUAAAACAUCAGUAUCGAGUAAAUGUAAAUAUCUUAAUUAUAAGCUUAUGCAAAUAAAUCAAAUUAAUCCCA